CUCUCUACUUUUCUCAUUCUCUAUUGAAAGUUCAGGUCGAUCGCUUCAGGCCCAGGCCCCGUAUAAAUUAGUUUCAUUUAUGUGAAUUUUUUGUGGCAUUGCUCGCGAUAGAUAUUUAAAAUUAUUUGUGCAACGAAAUUUUUUAUACUCGUGGACGAUAUCGAAUAAUCAGCGACUACGAUGGCAGACAAGGCGGCCGAAAACAAGGCCGCAGAGGAGGCGCAGCUGCAGAUGGAUAAGAAGCCACCGCCACCCAAGCCAGUGGAUGAGAAGCCCCAGAUAAACUGGGACUCCUACUGGAAGAAUGGGGCCAAGAUAAGCUACAAAAUGACCAAAACUAAGGAUGAGUACAUGACCUGCUCGGUUAAGAAGAGUAAGGCCGAGCAGGAAAAGUCUCCAAAGAAACCCAUCUGCUGCUCUGGCUGCCCUGUGAAGGAUCGGGAUAAUGUCUACACUCCAAAGUGUCCAUCAAAGGGCCAAAAGGGCAAGGCCAACAAGCCCUACAUGAACUGCUUUGCCUGCAACAUAGUCUGCCAAAAAUUGGACAUGCCCGGGUGGGAGUUUGAGUGCCGGGAUCAACUGGAGAUCCGGGUGAAUGUCUGCAAGGGAUGCAAAGUGGUUUUGGAUGCGAGCCGCAUCAAUGUGAACUGCCUGCCCAACGAGAUGUCUGCAACGUUCUCCAUGGAGCCCGAGUGCCUGCAAAGGCAACUUAUGGAGGGCAUAAACAUAGCACUUGUCUACAUGAGGAAGGAAAUAGGUCGAGGCUGCUAUUUCAUACCAGAUGCAGUCAUAUACCGCAUGACCCACAACCUCUCGGAAAUCGUCCAUGACGGAGAGGUGGAACUCACCUGCAAGGGGUGCACCGUCGGCUUUUGUCGCGUCCGCAUUUCCUUGCUGAUGAAGUGCCAAAACUUACAAGUUGCGGAACAUGGAUGGGCGGAACGGUUGGCGGGCGGCCAAGAUGGUGGCAGUUCCUCCCCCCAGACUAGGAGCACGAUUGGUACCUGGUCUCGAUGUUUGGAUAGAAGUCGCUCGUGGACCUCCGCGGAAGUCAACGAUCUGCGGGAGUGUGGCAGUUCUUGUAGGAGUGGAGCUCCCAGGAGUACCUUCUCCUGGCCAUCCUCCGAAAUCGCGGAUGUCCGGCUUUGCGGCGGCUCCACGUUGCAGACGCAGGAAGAGCCGUGCAGUUCCUCCGCCAGCUCCUCCAGCCUCAACGAAGAAACCCUUUGCGGAUCUUGCAAUAAAAACAUAGAAACCAACGUGGACCCCGAGGAUGCGGCCUUUAUGGAGCCCAAGACCUCUGCACCGUCCUGUAAUCCCGAUUUCUGCGCUGCCCAGGCUGAAGAUGGAAGGCUUGUUGACAUGGCAGGACCCUUUCCCGUCCGCAAAUGCCCCAAGGACGACGGUUUCUGCUUGACUUUCGACUCUCCCCCAGGGCCGUCGGCCCAGUUCUCCGCCGAUAUGCAAUCGCCAUUGGGUGAAGGAACCAUCAACCGCUUGGGUCAGAAGGUGUCGUCGCCAAUCCUCAAGCAGAUGCACAUAAGCAGCAUCAAGUCCUGUAUGCUCUGCGGCGAAGACGUUUCUUGGAUGCCCAAGGUAGCGGCGUGUCCGUACUGUGGGUACAAGGCUGUGCCAGACUUCAUGGAGAAGCCCUACGACGAGGAAGCCACGGCUGAGAAGAUUCUCUACGACCAUUUGGACAAUCAGGCGGAGGAUUUCGAUAUGGGCUCUGUGGAAGGAUGUCCCGCGCAGAAAGUUCAAAUGGAAAACGAUCGUACCUCGGAAGCCUUUGAAGCGGUGGUGCGGGACUAUCAGCUACUGAAACGAAGCAUUCGCGAAUCCUCAAGGAUGAAAGCAUGUCAGUCCGCUGUUCAAAAACCAAUCAAUCCAGAGCCAGUUGAGGAGCAGAAGCCGCCAAACCUGGCCAAGGUCUUUGCCGAGCUCAAGAGCUUGUUCAAAGCGAAGACCACAGAGGAAGCUAAGAACCAGAAGAUCCAGGACAUAUGCAAUGAAGCCUGCAACAUGGCCAGGUUGCACGGUAAAAAAUCCAAGAGCCAUCGUGUGGCUGCGGAUCGGAAACAAGGUGGAGUAGCGGCUGAGUCAGAAAAGGACCCCUGCUCAGACCCCAAACCGCCAAAGAGACGAAGGCGCAAGCCAAAACUACCAUACAAGUCCCGCUACUACUCCAUGUACAAGCCUAGGGAGCGACCCAGCAAGCCACCUUGCCUCCCCGAGAGCACAAAGAUACCCGGCCACAUGGGCUGGCUGUGGACGGCCCAUCCGCUGGCCUCCAAGCCUGGCUGGCGACCAGGAGCUAUUAGGCGCUCCAUACGCGACCUGAUGAGCUACUUCCUGGUCGACUACCCGGUAGACAGCAUACCCGUGUCCAAGUACAUGUCGUACUACAAGAACAAAAAUGGACCAAGGACUCCGCCGCCGGAAAAGAAAGAGAAUCUGGUGCAAGUGCCCACGCUGCAUAUCGAGAAGAAGAACGACAUCUUCACCAUCACCCUGAGGCCCUUGAAAGAUGCCGCAACCUUGGCAAAGUCUGCCAAUCCAUAUGUCAAGAUGAAGCCCGUCCAGUUCCGGAUCGUGAAGAACCCCUUGAUGAAGGAGCUGCGUGAUCUGAAGCGGUGCCUCAAGGGUAUAGGCUUCAGCAAGUGCACCUGCCACAAGCCGGUGAUGCAGUGCUACUGCCGGAGUUUCGUGGACAAGAAGCGUCUGAUCUACCAUUUGCGGAAGGAGUGCGAGCAGCGAAAGAUGGACUCCUGCGAGGAUGACCUAGUCUUAUCGGAGACCUCGGACAGCGAGGCAGAGUUCGAGUUCGGGGUCACGCCGCCAGCUGGCCUUAUGCGUCCGGAGCGGCUGAAGAGCUCUCACAUUAAGCACACGGAGACCCAGUACGACGAGAAUGACUGGGCCCAUCCGAGCAGCUUCCCUCAUCCACCGACUUCUCUGGCCCAAUUCUGCGGCUGUGUGAUGGGCGAACGCCAAAAGCCCCACACUUGGAUCUACGGCAAGGGUGUCAUAGACCCCCCACCGAAAACUCCCAGGAUGAAGAAUCCUACCCAGAAAAAGCCAGCAAAGAAGCGUCAGGCUGGAGGCUUCGUUCCGCAGCCCAUAGAAGAAUUUUUACCUCACGAACUGUCACGCUACCCCGGAAGGAAAUCCCGGAAAACUCACUACCGUUACAUGGGUCCACAGAAUUACAAACCACCGGAUUAUUCUACAGACUCUGAGCUUCCACUGAGCGGCACCCACAUGAAGCUCCUGGAUAGAGCUGCUUUUCCACCAACAGCUCCCCAGCGCCGGGAGCCCUGGGCUAGGGAGCUAGAGAAUAUGCUCGAGCGGAAGAAGAUCCAGCGCAGGACCCGGAGGAUGGUACGCUUCGACAACACCCUGGUGCCACACUCCUCAGACCUGCAGAUGUAGAUAAAACCCAUUUCCAUCAUCAUCACAGGACUGUAGCCAACCAUUAUCCUAUCCAUAAGCCAACCAUGUCCCGACAAAUAAGUAUUCAUGUAAAAUUUCUAGUUUUAAAUAAACGAGAAAUUUGUAAA